CUCUCCGUUACGCCCCCUUUUCGACCACCAUCGCCAUAUUGGCUGAUCGUCGAGCAGAAAAAUUUCGGGUUCGGCGUAAAUAGAAGCACCAAAAUGAUGAACAUCGUCUCGAAAUCGGGCACCUUGGCGCCCUACCUUAAGACCAGCACCCAGGUGGUAGCCUCUGGCCUCAAGGCAGCCGCCCCGGCGGCCACGGUCGGCCAGUCAAUUGUGGUGCCGAGUUCCGUCGCUCCGAAAACCAGCUACUCUUUGGCCAAAAGUCUGCCCACGGGAGCAGCCACCUCCUCAGGCGCCCUGAGCAGCAACAUUCAGGUUCGAUUCGCCCACACGGACAUUCAGGUGCCGGAUUUUUCUGCAUACAGGCGCAAGGACACCCUUAGCCCUUCAUCGAAGAAUGACGAAAGUGCUGAUAGCCGAAAAGCAUUCUCGUACUUUGUUGUCGGAGGUACUUCGAUGGCCGCUGCUUACAGUGCUAAGGCUGUAGUCAGUCAGUUCAUUUCCAGCAUGAGUGCGUCUGCUGAUGUAUUGGCCUUGGCCAAAAUUGAAAUUAAACUGUCCGACAUCCCAGAAGGAAAGAGUGUCACUUUCAAGUGGAGAGGAAAGCCUCUGUUCAUUCGCCACAGGACUCCUGAAGAAAUCAGCAAAGAGCAGAGCGUUCCUGUUAACACCCUCCGUGACCCUCAGCAUGACAGCGAAAGAGCCGCAAAGCCAGAGUGGCUCAUCGUGCUUGGAGUUUGCACCCACUUGGGAUGCGUGCCCAUUGCUAAUGCUGGUGACUUUGGCGGUUACUACUGCCCUUGCCACGGUUCCCACUAUGACGCAUCUGGUCGCAUCCGCAAGGGUCCUGCCCCUCUUAACCUCGAAGUUCCCCCCUACGAGUUCGUCGACGAAAAUCUCCUAGUGGUUGGCUAAGCGACAUGGUUGCAUGUGACUUCCUUCCAACCUCACGUAAUAGCUAUUUCUCGACAACUGUUGAACCAACACGCUGAUUCUCUGUUCCCUAAAGUAUUUAGGAGAGGCAGUAGCUAAAUUUGGAGACCACAGAUAUGCUGAAAAAAUGAAAUGUUGUUAAGUUGUACAAAUAAAAAAAUUAAAAACUAA